AUGGCGGAGCUGUGCGAUCUUCCUGCUGCCGUUGUAGCGUCAUCCGAGGAAAGUUCAUAUGUGAUCAAGAUAGACGGAUACUCAAGAAUCAAGGGGCAAAUUCAGCAUGGCAACUACGUGAAAUCUACCCCUUUCACUGUUGGAGGUCACGACUGGUUUGUGGAGUAUUACCCAAACGGUUCCGACACCGAAAAGUAUGAAGCCGGCUUCAUAUCUGUUUUUCUAGCCCUUGCCCCCGCUGGCGCCAAGGAUGUGAAGGCAAAAUUUAGAUUUAGUCUGCUUGACAGGGAAGGGGAACCAGUGGCGUCAAAAAGCAAGAACACCUCCGAACACAUCUUCAAUAGCAAACGUUCAAGUAGGGGUUUUAGUAGUUUUAUCAAGAAGGCUGAUCUUGAGGGAGCGGCGCAUCUAAGGCACGACAGUUUCAGCAUCAGGUGUGAUGUUACCGUCGUGAAGUAUAUCCACAGAGGUAAUCGGAUUACUUUGAUUCCUCCAAGCAACUUGCAUCAACAUCUCGGUGACCUCCUCCUAGAGAGCAAAGAUGGAGCGGACGUGACCUUUCAUGUCGGCGAGGUGAGUUUCUUGGCUCAUAGGUCCAUACUCGCUGCUCGGUCAUCCAUCUUUAGAGCGGAGCUCUUUGGCGCCAUGAAGGAGAAAUGCGGUAGUCCAAUUGAAAUCAGUGAUAUGGAAAGUGAUGUAUUCAAAUCAUUGCUCCACUUCAUAUACACCGACUCACUGCCCGUUUCUGAGACGAGUAGUGGGGGUGAAACACGGAGAGACGCGGUGAUGGCUAGCCAUCUACUUGUUGCAGCUGACAGGUACAACAUUGAGAGGUUGAAGCUGAUUUGCGAAGAGAAGUUGUGCAACCUCAUCGACUCCAACAUCGUGGCGACCACUUUGGCUCUAGCUGAGCAGCACGGCUCUUAUAGAGUCAAAGAUGCUUGCUUUGAGUUCCUUGUUUCUCCUUCCAAUUUGGAAGCGAUGAUGGCAACUGAUGGUUACAAGCAUCUGAAGAAUAGCUGCCCGUCUGUUCUCAGGGAGCUGGCUGCUAGUUUCCUGCCGGCCGAGCUGAAAGCGGUCAAAGAUAUUAUCAUGACAAUUUAG